AUGUGGCAUCCAACCUCAUUCCCGACUCAACAAAAGGGUCAAUUCUACUUGGCCAAGACUUACGCGUACUACGAGUCAUGGAGACCAUAUGUUUGGGUAUGGGUGGCUGUAUAUGUUGUGUUGAUGACUAAAUUGGUACCAAGAGUACGACUAACAGAAAAGAAUGGCGCGUUGUCGAACCUUAUUAUGAAUUUGUGGAAUAUUUUCAUGGCAUCUGUGUACGGUAUGGUUGUCAUGUUUACGGGCAUGGAUGUGUGGGAGUCGAUCUGGAAGGGUAGGUGGAAAGAAAGUUUUUGUCAUUUUGGCCUUUGUGAAAAAUAUUUUUGCUAUUUUUUGGUUUGUAAAGAAAGUUAUUGCAAUUUUUUGUUUAGGAAAGAAAGUUCUUGCCAUUUAUUGUUUUGUAAAGAAAGUUCUUGCCAUUUUUCGUUUUGUAAAGAAAAUUCUUGUCAUUUUCACUUCUGUAAAGAAAGUUCUUGCCAUUCUAACACUAAGCCCUUAUAAUUAUGACAAUUCAGGACCUCACUAUGCCCUCUGUGUAGCUGGUGACAUGUACACUGAUAUGUUCGUUGGCUACGUCCUCAGCGUCUUUGUGUUCGCCAAGAUUAUUGCACCAGUUACCCCACUUUUGGUCGGUCUACGUGGUCGUAAAUUCGACAUCAUCCAGAAGAUUUACAGCCCAGUAGCUUCUAUUGUGGUGUUGUAUAGCUACUUCAAUGCUGGUAGGUUUUACCUCACCGUAUUCUACCGUAACCCACCCUAUUGUACCCUACCCUACAGUACCCUACCCUACUUUUCCCUACCGUAUCCUACUGUAUCUUUCCCUACUCUACCGCAUUCUAUCGUACCCCACCCUACCGUAUUCUACCCUACUCUACCAUACCCUUGUUUUACCCAUGCCCUAUCGUUUCUAACGACCUCUACUUCAAAAAAUCAUAAAAUCAAUUAAAAAUGCCAUUUUUAGGCGUAUCCCUCCGUCACCUCGCCUUCUACGACAGCUGGUACCACUUCAUCCACCAUGCUUUCUACGCUCUCGCUCCCCAUGAGAAAGAAAUAGCAAAAGCAAAAGGCAUCGUUUUCGCUUUUCAAUUUGGUUUUGUCAUCGGACAUUGUCUAUCUCUACUAGCUUCAGCCAUCUACAUGUUACUCGACUAUGAAUGCGACGUUUGGCUACGAACUUUUGUCACUUACUACGUGAUCAAUAUUGUGUUACUGUAUAUGAUGGGCACGGAAAUUAUAGAAUUUUGCAAAGACAUAUACAUUGAUUUGAAGAAAGAAGAAUAA